GGGUUACGCCGGUCACCUGACGCAGAAGUAUAAAUCAGGCUUGAGAAGGGAGCGCGCGCGAGCGCCACUGGCAGCACACAGGCGCGAGAUAAAGAUGGCGGCGACGGUGGGGGAAACGGCGUGAUAUGCUGGAGUAGUGGCACUAAACCUGAGUAAAACCACUGUAUGACAAACCAUAGCAAAAUGGAGACCAUGUCACAGUAGGUGUUUACUGGUAAUACCAAGUACUACAAACUCACCUUACCCCCCUACCCCCCCGAGAGAACAUUCAUCUUGUGAUUGUGGAGAAAUCUCACCGGGAGCAUGGCUUCGCAAAGUAACCAGUAUAUCUUUGGGGAGUUCAGCCCAGACGAGUUCAAUCAGUUCUUUGUGACUCCCCGAUGUUAUGUUGAGCUUCCCCCGUUCAAUGAUAAAGUCACCUGCGUCAGCCAUUCCUCAGGAGGUUACUGCACUCCUGCUGUGCCUUACAUAACGGAAUCAUUGAGACGGCAGGUUUGCGGAGAGGACUACCAGCAUAUUGAGUUUGGUGUGGAUGAGGUAAUGAAUGCAGAGCCUGUGGCAGUGAAAGACUCGCUGUACAAAGUCUCUAGCACUCUUAAUCCUCAGGCCCCUGAGUUCAUCCUGGGCUGCCAACCAUCUCAGAAGUCCCUUGCCACAGCUACACCUGUUGCUGAUAUCCCGGACGGUGCCGAGUUCAACUCCCUAUGCUGCAGCAACUCUGAGACCUCAGACAUGGGCAGCCAUCAAGCCUGCUUGGACAUGGAUGGGGUUUCGGGUGGCUUGGGACAACGGAAGAAAAAGAAAAAACGACCGCCGGGAUACUACAACUAUCUAGAGGGUUCAAACAGCAACAGCACUGGUGUGGCCACAGAUGGAGUGGGGCCCCCAAGCCUGGUCAACGGACAUUCACCAAAUGCUCCACUCCUGAGUUCAGAGGACUUGGUUGGGGACAUUCUACCUGGGGCAGAGCUAAUUCCCCCAAAUUCUAUAACAUCUGCACCCCAAACCACCCCACUUUCCAAUCAGAGGACUUGUGAAAGCCCUGACAAUACAUUUGACUUGACGAGUGGAGCUGCCUCUUUGUUAGACAGAAAUGGUGCAGCUUCUUUGUCUACUUCAUCUUCGUCCUCUCAGAGCAGUGGGGUGGCACAGAGUGCCAGGACUGCAGAGCAACAUGCAGAACCCCCUGCUUUAGAGAGCCCAGUACUUCUGGAUAACGGCGGGCACAGCUCCUCUCCACCUUCCCCUCUUCCCUGUGCUGCUCUGGCCACCCCUACAACCACAAUUCCUGCUACUACUGAUGAGAGGGAGGCCGAGGGCUUGGGGGAGGCCAACGGGCUGCCAGAGACCGCCUCAGCUGCUGGAGCUGUGGAUGAACUCCAGGACUCCUCUGAAACGAGUGAGGUGCAGUCUGCUUCCUCUCUAACCCCUCUCUCGUUAGACUCUGACGUUCAGCCGGUGGUCUCGCCUGUUGUCCCGGCAGCACCUGCGAUCACCCCACCGAAAUCCUGGGCAAGCCUCUUCCACAACUCCAAGCCUCUACCUGGAGGUCCUCAGGCGUAUGUUGAGGUGAAGAGUGUGCCUGCUGUUGUCACAUUCACACCGACUGCCUCCGAGUUGCCUGAAAAGGUCAGUGAGGUGCGUGAAGGCCCUGUCCCCGUGUCUGAAGACCCUAUGGCCCCAAAAUUGGCAGAGUUAAUAGAGAAUGUGAAGUUGAUACACAAACCUGUGUCUUUGCAACCAAGAGGACUGAUAAACAAGGGAAACUGGUGCUAUAUCAAUGCUACCCUGCAGGCUCUGAUUGCGUGUCCCCCUAUGUAUCAUCUGAUGAAGUCUAUCCCCCUUUUCAGCGAGACUCAGAGACCCUGCACAUCCACCCCCAUGAUGGAUAACUUUAUUCGGCUUGUGAAUGAGUUCAGCAAUAUGCCUGUCCCUUCAAAGGCUAAACAGCAAGCUGCUGGAGAGAAGAUUUUGAAAGACCUUCGAGUGGGAGCUCCUUUUGAACCCACAUACGUCUAUAAACUCCUCACCCUCAUCAAAUCAAGCCUAUCGGAGAAGGGUCGCCAGGAAGAUGCGGAGGAGUACCUUGGUUUCAUUUUAAACGGACUGCACGAGGAAAUGCUGGCACUGAAGAAGCUGAUCUCUCCACAGGAAGAGAAAGCCCCCACACCAAAUGGGCCCGAGUCUCAGCCUGGUGUGGAGGAAGACCCUGCUGAGAAGGAAGAAGGCAGUGACGAUGAGUGGGAACAGGUUGGGCCCAGAAACAAAACCUCCAUCACCCGGCAGGCAGAUUUCAUUCGCACUCCCAUUACCGACAUAUUCGGUGGCCAUAUCAGAUCUGUGGUGUACCAGCAGAGCUCAAAAGAGUCGGCCACCUUGCAGCCGUUCUUCACGCUGCAGCUGGACAUCCAGUCUGAGAAGAUCCGCACAGUCCAGGAGGCUCUGGAGGUACUGGUGGCGCGGGAGUCCGUUCAGGGCUACACCACCAAGAGCAAGCAAGAGAUUGAGAUCAGCCGAAGAGUGACCCUUGAAGAGCUUCCUCCAGUGCUGGUGCUUCACCUCAAGAGAUUUGUCUUCGAGAAGACUGGUGGAUGUCAGAAACUGAUCAAGACCAUUGAUUACCCCGUUGAUCUGGAGAUCAGCAAAGAUCUCUUGUCACCGGGUGUGAGAGGCAAAACUAUGAAAGGCCAAAGAACCUACAGGCUCUUUGCAGUCGUCUAUCACCAUGGGAACAGUGCCACGGGUGGCCACUACACUACAGAUGUCUUCCACAUCGGUCUGAACGGCUGGCUGCGCAUUGAUGACCAGGCGGUGAAGAUCAUCAAUCAGCAUCAGGUGGUGAAGCAGACUGCAGAGCGCACUGCCUACCUGCUGUACUACCGCCGCGUGGACCUGAUGUAGAAACCAUACGCAUACAACACAAACACACAUACACGUUUACAUGCAGACACGCACACAAUCUCACACACUCAACCACGUGUCUCAACAGGAACACUGCCCGACUUCACAAUUGUCCUUCUUCCCUCGACCCUGCUAUUCCAGAGAGCCAGCUUUUCCAAUUUUUCUUUUCCGUUUUGGGAAGACGUAUCUAAAGACUUUUUCUGUAACGGUGUUUUCCCCCUCUGCACACGGUCUGGAGAAGCCGAGGGGAGAAUUGUUAGCACUGCAGAACGCUCCAAUUUGGAGAGACAGACCUGAAUCACUGCAAAUGUCCACAGCCUUUUUUGUUUGACUGGCCAGAGUGUGGAUCCCUGCUGAAAGGACUCAAACCAGGCUGAUGGACUGCUGGAGAAAAUCAUUGUUUCUUUGAUUUUUGUUUAAUCUACUUUUUAAAAAUGGCAUAGGAAAAAAAAAUAUGAAGUGUUUUGCCUUUUAGCAAGAGGAGUUGUCGGCCUAAUUUGCAGCAGUUAAGUGGAGCCUGUUCAAUUCUUGACUGAAGCAUCAGUGGCCAACACCAGCAAGCUACCAAAAUAAUUUGUGAAAAUCUCAAUGUUUGGAGUUUGUCAACUCCACAAGCAAGACGCUCUACUCCACCACCACCACCACACAUCUCUUCCCCAUUUCUCUCAAUCCUUAUGCUUGAGUCAUGGGAAAUGAAAGCGGGAGGGGGGUAAAGAGUGCUGCAAGUGUGCUGAAUUGCAAAACGACAAAAAAAAAAUUUGAUUCGUUUGAGACCUUCAGUGUGAUUUUUGGGUGUAGGAUUAGACUAUCUUACGAUUUUAAUGCGCUUUAGGAUGUAAAAGAUUACAAGCUUUGUGCACGCUCUAAAAAAACAAGUCAUUCGAAACAAACGAGAGAAUAUUUCCUGCAGAUAUUUAAGUUUUAAAAGUAUUAAAAAUAAAUCUAAAUCGACAGUCACUUGGGCAGCUCCCUGUAGGGGGGGGGGGGUUGCGAUUUGUUCUUUAGGCUUUCUAUGUAUUUUUCAUGCUGGCAGGAUACCAGUGAUAUCCGAGACUCCAUCAUGAACCGAUUUCUUUUUCGUCCCCUCGCACCAUCCUUCAUCAGUUCUGUUCUGUGUGUUGUAUGAAUAAAAAGUGUAUGCGCUGUAUCCGCUGGCUUCCUCUCGAUGUCAGUAGAGCAGCAAGAACUGAGCCACUCCUGCCAAUUUCCUCGAAAGGGAGCUGUUUUGAGAUACAUCUAGCCUGCAUCUCAUUCUGUACGUUAGCCCGCUCCGAGCAGUCAGCCUGUCAUGUACAUGUUGAGGCUCCCUUUGCAGCUCUGAGGAUGAUAUCCCAGAAUGGGGCGCAAGAUAUGUCUCUUACUGCAGUCAAUUGGCUGUGCUGAGAUCAGCUCUGAAGCGCAAGCGCAGAUGCGCACAUAAUCAUGUUUGUUGCGUCUGUUUCAGAGACCUCGCAUCAUCAAUAUUAUACCUGAUUGUAUUUAGUUGAUUGUUUUCACUUCAUUCCCUAUUGGCUUUCGAUUUCUGUUCUAUUUAAAUUGAGAUGAUUUUUUUUGAGAAGAUUUGACCCGAGGUUAAAGCACAACAGUGAAUAAAGUUAUGUAAGUACUAUGCUUGACCUUAUUUCAUUUCAUUUGUUUUUUUGCAUUUAAAUUCAGUCCUCCCUACCCCUUUAAAAAAUAAAUAAAUAAAUAAAUUUGUGUAUAGAGAGCUUGCUUGGAGCCCAGACAAGAUAUGCAAUUUGUUUAGCAUUUUCGGCAGGACUUUGGAGGAAAAUGUGACGUUAAAUAACGUUAAGAGUACACCACAAAGCCCUCUGAGUAAUAUUUACUCCAUUCAGAGUGUUCGGUCCCUCCGUAAUUGAGGUAAUGUUACUCAGCAGCAGAGUUAAAGUGUUAAUAAAGUGACGAUUGAGCAAGAUUUGAUUUACUUAGGCUCUUUGACUCGAUUUUGAUGAUACUUUUCCUUGCUAUGACACGUAUAAAGAGAGCAAAUAUGAUCAAAUUAACUGAUCCGGUAUUGAUUCUUACUGUUAAUAAGUAUAACUUAGCAAAUGAUCUUUAAAUAAUGGUUUAUGGCUUAAAAUUCUGUGUUUUUUCAAGAGAAUGGACCUCAACUAUGGUUUUAUUAUUUAUUUUUACUGAAGUUUGCCCUGCGCACUUGCGUUUUUUAGUUCCUUCUUUGGUUUGGUGCGUCAAUCUUAUCGAUGCUAUUAUUCAAAAAAAGGUAAUGAUUCGCACUCAAUUGCUUCGUACUGUUUUUGUUUUUCUCACAUUUUACGGGUGAAUAAAAGACGGACGUUUCGGCACAAAGCUUACACACACUGUCUUUUAAUCACCCGUAAAAUGUAAGAAAAAUAAAAACAGUACGAAGCAAUUGAGUGCGAAUCAUUACCUUUUCUUAUUAUUUAUUUUAAAACGCAUUGAGCAUCUGAUUUACUUUAAAGACACAGACAUCAAGAAUCAGCGUAUGCAUCUGAACAAUGGUUACAGUUUGUUUUUUGCUGCAGUGUUUGCUAGAAGCAUACAACAUUCAUCCAUAGUUCCCAAGAUGCACUGCAGGAAAAGAAAGUCUUCACCACCAUUGAGACGCAUAUGCUGAUUCUUUAUGCCUGUGUGUUACAGCUGUUUGUGUUUUAUUACUUGGUAAAAGAAGUUACUACUUAAUACUAAUCUGUUUGACUUGAUUUCUCUCAGAUGUCUAUAUGUAUGGUAGCCGAAAGCUUAACGCGCUGCAAUUUAAGAGAGCACAUGCAAUUACAAUAAACACCACCAAAUAAAGAAACAAUCUUAAUCAGUUUGACAGCACACAUGUUGCAAACUGGUCACAACACAAACAACUGAAGAAACGUGCUGCAAAUUGGUCACGACACUUGCAAAUAUCCGCGUAGCACAACAGAAAUGUGUCAAGAGGACCAAAAAACAUGGCGGACCCUGCUGAGAUAUGGAUGUGUCAUUAUGCCAUGACUGUUGCUCAGUGAAGUGAGUGGUGUUCUUUGAAAAGUGAGUUUUUCGUUUAUUUUAAUAUCCCGAUUACACGACUCGAAUAACAUCGUGGCAGGGUCUGUUUUUUUGGGUCCCCUUGAAACAUUUUCGUUGUGGAUAUUUGCAAGUGUUGACCAAUUUACAGCGCCUUUCUUCAGUUGUUUGUGUUGUAAGAAUUUGCAAUGCCUGUGCUGUCAAAUUGAUGAUCAUUUCUUUGAUUGCUGAAGUUUUUGUUUUUUGUUUUAAUUGCAUGCGCUUUCUCAAAUUGCAGCGCGUUAAGCUCUCUGCCACCGUACACAUGAGAUUUAUUGAAAAUUACCUGUUUUAGUUAUUCACGUUUUACAAAAAUCAACAAAAUAGUGUGUUUGAUGUCUCCAUCGUGGAGAAAAGUGGUUGUUUUAUUUGGGCUCUGACUCGAUUUCUCACAUUAGUUUCUCUUUGCUUGCCAAAAUAGUGUGUAUGGCAAAUUCUGCACAAAGAGAGCCAAUGUGAUCAGGAUGGUUGAUUCUGUGGGGAUUUAGUCACUGGUCUUGAUUUUGAUCAAUUAAGUUUAAUUCUUUUACCACCAAAAUAAUCCCGCAUUUCAAGAGAAUAGAGUUAUAAAACACAUUGAACAUCCGUAACACACAGACAUCGAGAAUCAGCAAAAAAAUAAAUAAUUCAACCACAGUUGAGGUCCAUUCUGUGAAGAGGAAGUCUUAAACCAGUGAUCGCCAAACUUGUUCCUGGAGGGCCAGUGCCCUACAGAUCUUAGCUCCAACUCUAUUCAAACACACCUGAACAAGCUAAUCAAUGUCUUACUAGGUAUACUUGAAAUAUCUAGGCAGGUGUGUUGAGGCAAGUUGGAGCUAAACCCUGCAAGGGACCGGACCUCCAGGACCAAGAAUGGUGGUGACCCCUGUCUUAAACCAUUAUUUAAACAUAGUUGACCAUGUCAAACAUUAUUAACAGUAAGAAUCAAUACAGGAUCAGUUAAUUUGAUCAUAUUUGCUCUUUUUAUACUUGUCAAAGCAAGGAAAAUAUAAAAAUCUAGUCAAAACGUCCAAGUAAAUCAACUACUUGUUUUUUUGCAAAACGUGAAUAACUAAAAUAGUUGAUGCUCAAUAAAUCUCAUGUGAACAUCUGACAGUCCAACAGGUUCGUAAUAAGUGAAGCUGUUGCUGUGUGAAGUCAGUUGUAGUUUUGUGUUUCAGCUUAUUAACAGUGGGUUGCUCAAUCAUCACUUAAUCCUUUAACUGUCUCAUUACCUUUAAUUCUGCUGCCGAGUAACAUUAAAUCAGUUUAGAGAGAGUCCAAAUACACUGUGAACUGAGUAAACAUUACUCAGAGGGCUUUGCUGUGUACUACAAGCUUUGUUGGUAGAUGAACGAAUCAUGACACGAGCCAAGCUCUUAAAUAAAAGUGGUUUGAGUGAUUGAAAUCUGCACACAUUCUUUGUGGGCAUGUUGCUGAGUAUAUAUUCCUGCUAAUGAACUUUUAGAGAAUGUUUCAGACUUGCCACUUGGCAUCAGGUGCCAUUUCAGCCAAUCACAAAUGCUACAGACUCGUUUCUUUUUGUAGUUGGCAGUGAACACGUCGCUUCCAGGAACCGAUCCUUUGAGCUGAGCUCUUCACACAGUCCUGCCUCUGACCGCAGGUUAGGCUGGUGUGUGAACUCAUCUUUCCACUCCAGAAAGGCUGAGCAUGAAUUUCACAUCCAUCUGAAUAAUCUUAUUUCAUCACACCAGUCAAGAAACUUCCUUCAAAUCCGUGCUGCAUCUAUAGUCAUUAAACUGACUUGGAUUCGCAAGUUUUCUUUUACAGCUGCCAAGUCGUGUUCCCUUUCGAAUUCGGUUUAUUUGGAUCCACAGAAGGACACAAGGAAACGCAUUCCCUGUCGUGAAAACCAAAGGAUACAGAACUUCUAUAUACAGACACUGCUGCCACUUAGAAGAUGAAAUGUACGAAUUAAGUAUUUUUAUUUCCUCCCUCUCUCAACUCCCAAACUUUGAUGUCUUCAUGUGCGCCAUUCAAGAACUUGACCUGAUUUUGGUUGACAUGCUGACUCAUGUGGAGGAAAGGAAAAAAAAACACUGUUUCCGAGUGUUGGUUUAAACGCCGUCUCUUGUUUGUUUUCUCUCGUCCGUUUCAAGGGGGAAGAUCUGGUUUCCAUGUAUUAGUUCAACCCUUGAGACGGUUUCUCUUCCUUCAGUAAUGUCGGUCAGGGGAACAGUCCUGGUGUAUAGUUCUGAUGUUUGUCUUUUCAGUUUGUGCUUCCUAACCCCUUGUGUCUGCUGAGAUCUUGAUGCGUUGGGAAUAAUUGAGCUAAAUACAAACUAUAUGCUGUGUCCUCAUCCUCGGCCUUCAGCCUUCUACUUUUUUUUUUUUGUCAACUGUUCAAAUAAAAAAUAAAUUGUG